UCCAGGACGUAUCCAUUAGCAACUACACAUAGCUGGAGACCAACAGAAAUACUGUGGUAGUGGGAGACAUCGCCUUUACUCAUCGCAAAAUUCGAGUUCGAGGACAAAAUGUUGCUAUUUCUGUGUUUUGGUCGAUACACAAAAUGGAACAGGUUGUGGAUGCAAAUAUGAAGCUGUGACCUUUUGUUUCAAACUGAAGAGCUAUGGUUCGUGGAAAUAUUAUCAGCGUGGGGGAUAUUAAAUAUUAAUGUUCUCCUCUACCUCGAGUCAUCUUCACAAUCGUGACGUGACGGCAGCACUUCCCUCUCCGCGUCCUCGGAUGGCUUCCUACUGCAGGAGUCCCGUGUUUGAGGGCCAUGUAGUCUGUACGUGCAUCCAACCCAAUGUCAUCCAUGGGUAUAUUGGUUAACUUGUGAAACAGACAUCUCCGAAAAAAGGAUUGUAAUUCCAGGAGUGUGGCCUUUUAAUGUUUUCUGUUUAUAAUAUGUGCGUGAUUUAUGACUUUCAACAUGCCUAUCACUGAUAUUUCGAUGGUGUCUUAAUAUAGAAGCCCAACAGAGAUGAUGUAAAAUCGGUUUGGAAUGUACGAAUUCAGUAAAGGUCACAGUAUAUGAAGAUGCAACCAUGGGUCUCUCAAUACCUUUGAUUAUCACAACGUCGCUUAUCGUCUCCCGGAAUGCAAAUGCUCCAAUAUGAAACACAAGCAUGUGCUUGAUAGAUGGGGGUAUCGUGUUUCUACUGUUGUAGAUAUAUAAUGGAGCCGGUCUUCACUUGAACAUAUUAACCUGACGGUCUUGCAUAGUGGUUCCACAGUCAGUGUAUCAAAUAGUAUCUGUUGUUGACGCUCAGUUCAGUGGUCUAAGAGUAAGUCACAAAUAUGGAUGAUGAAGGCAACAAUGUCAACACACGUCAGUCCUCUUACACGCUUCCUAACGGGGACCGUGAUACCACACCAGAUACGGAAUUCACCGUGGCCCCCGGGCAGUGGCCCGAGGCAUGCCCGGAAGUGUGGGACACAGGGGAGGAUAAUCAUUGUCCACCUCCUAUUCCGCAGCCUCAAGUCUACAUCCGGGUCGUGUUUCUCAAAAUCGGCGAAAUUGACACGAUGAAGGAACAAUUCUCCGCAGAUGUUUUCAUCCAGGCAAGAUGGCGUGAACCCUCCCUUGAUCACUCAACAGAGAGGAACGUGGACGACGUGAACUGGACGGAGCGCUGGAACCCCAAGCUUCUUAUACAGAACGUGGCCAGCGAUCAGAAACAGAGUGUGUGGUUUGACGUGCAGUUCAACGAGGGGCAGGCUUUUGUCCUGGAAAAGAGACGCCUCAAGGGCUGGUUCACGGAAAACCUGGAGCUGGAAGCCUUCCCGUUUGAUAUUCAGCAUUUGUCUCUGAUGAUAACCUCUGACCUGUCGAGCAAAGAGGUCACCCUUGUAGAAGAUGACCUUGAACUCAGCAGCGUCAAUCGACUGAGUUUUAUUGAUGAGCAGGAAUGGGAGAUGAGAAACUUCGUGGAGUUGCUGCCUCAGGUGACGAAGCGCGAGUACAGUAGUGCCAAGCACGAGUUCCCCUCCGUCCUAGUGAGAUGCUGUGCCUUCAGGAGACCAGGGUUCUUCAUAUGGAACAUCCUGUGCGUCAUGUGUUUGAUCAGCUCCCUGUCGUUCUCUACGUUCUCAGUGGACCAGACAAAGCCCCAGAACCGUCUCCAGCUUUCCUUCACACUCGUCCUCACCGGAGUUGCCUUCAAAUUUGUGGCCACACAGUCCUUGCCUAAAAUACCUUACCUUACGUAUCUAGACAGGUACAUCCUCAUCUCUAUGUGCAUCAUGUAUUUUGUGUGCAUCUGGCACGCCGUCAUCACCCGCUUCCAGUUCAACGACAGUCUCUCUCGGUCGAUGGAUUUUUGGGCUUUCGUUGGUCUCGUCGGCUUCUUCGUGUGUUUCCAACUCUUCUUCAUCUUCACGGCGAGAGUAAACAGUGCACAGAGGAGGAUGGGGGUGUACGACGCUGAGGAGAAGUAUAGGAUGAAGGCGGAUGAACUGCAAGGCAUUGACGCCAACAAGAAGCGCUGGAAGUUGGUCCGAGGGAAGACUAAGUUUCGGGUUGGCGUCUUGUAACGCAAGAUCUCGUGUACUGUCUCCGAGACUUUCCGACAUCUGAGGAAGUCAUCUGUUUGGAAACGUGUUACUAAUUUGUGCAUAGCUAUUGGGGGAAGUCACAGAUCUGCUUUCAUAUUUUCACCGUUUAUAACUAUUUUUAAAAAGUCAUACUCUCAAGUUUUACAUCUCUAUCAGUUUUUACAUCCUUGUAUCGGGCCAUGCCCGCAAGCUUACCCGCUCCUUCGUGUAUCGCGGAAGGUCUAGAUACAACAAUGUACAUAUCUUGUAAUUUUUAACAUUUGCACAAAAUAUACAAAGUCAUGAUUUAGGUUAAGUGAUGCAAUCAUUUAAGAGGCUGAAAUAACAUGUCACGUGACAUUAUGGCACCACAUGUACCCAACCCACAGAAGAUGAACAAGUACACUGGCCAUGGCCAAAUGUCGUCUGCUUUGUUGGCCCAACUUUGGAAAAGGAUACUGGCUACCCUCAAACUGCGUGAUGUAUGACAACAACCAAGCAUCUGUUACCAUGCUCACUGCUUGUUUGUUUUAACACGUGUAUGUAUCUUGUCAAUAAACGUUCUUAUCAAUACACACA